AUGACACCAGGAUGCUCUUGGCAGGACUGCUUCCCACUCUGGGUGGGCAAUCUCGCCUCCCACAUCGAUGAGAAAGUGUUGCUUCGUGCCUUUGGCUGGUUCGGGGAGAUCCGCUCUGUGCGGCUGCUCCCACGGCGCCGCUGUGCCUUCAUCAACUUCUGUGAGAAGGAAGAGGCCGAGGAGGCCUUCAGGAUCAUGAAGGGUGCCACCUUGGAGGGCAGCAAGCUGUUGGUGCAACUCAAGCACCCGGCCCACGCCACGCCAGCCCCCAUGGCCCGUGCCAAGGGCAGGGCCACCCCUGGGGGGCUGCUGAGCUGACCCUGCUCUGCUGGGGGGGCUGCCAGGGCCCCCCUCACAUGCCUGUACCUUCCUGUGCCUUGUCCCCCAGUGCCAGGGGUGGGAGUGUCUCCCUCUCCUGCCUCGGGGGUGCUGGGGGUCGGGGCCCACCUGCAGCCCCUUGUGCUGAGGGGGUGGGCCUGAGCUGUUCCCCUGUGGCCCCUCAGGGAUUUGUACCAAUUUGGGGUUUUUAAUAAAAAUGAGAUUUGUUUUUCUCUCUGGCCUUC